GAAAACAUUCCCAUGAUCCCACAGUUUGUAGUUUACAGAUUAACGCUAGCUAGCUAGCGCUGGCUAGCAAAACAAAGUGGAAGAGCAGGAGAGAAAAGGAGACACAGGUCAACUAGAGGUGAGAUGACCACCUCCGCCUUUGGCCAGUCGGCCCCUCUGGUCCCGAACCUGGAGCCUGGGAUGGGGAAGUCUGCAGCCAUGCUGGGGUUGUCUGCUGGGUUGGGGGGAGCAGAGAUGGAGCUGCAGAAGAUGUUAAUCAAUGAAAGAAUGAAGUGUGAAAACCACAGGACCAACUACCAGACGCUCAAGGCUGAACACGCCAGCUUACAGGAUGAGUUCACCCGAGCGCAGGGGGAACUGAAGCGCCUGCUGAGCGACAGACAGGCUCAGCAGGAGAAACUGCAGCUGCUGUUGGCUGAGCUUCGAGGAGAGCUGCUGGAUAAAACCAGGGAGCUGGAGGAGCUUCGGCUGCAGGUGAUGACCCCUCAGCGGCUGGAGUUGCUCAGAGCUCAGGUGCAGCAGGAGAUGGAGGCUCCAGUCAGGGAGAGGUUCAAUAAGCUGGAGGAGGAGACAGAGAAGUACAGGUCUGAGUACAACAAGCUGCGAUAUGACUGCACCUUUCUCAAGUCCCAGUUUGACCACCAGAGAGAAGAACACGCUCGUAUACUGGAGGAGAGGAGCAUCCGCUAUGAAGCUGAGAUCUCUCGUCUGGAGAAGGAGAAGGAGGAGCUGGUGGCUCAGUACCAGGGUUCAGACCCACUGCGUGAUGGGAAACGAGUGGAGACCCUGCUGAGGGAGAAAGCCCAGCUCCACCUGCGGCUGAAGGGCCUGGAGGCAGAGGUGGCUGAACUUCGCGCCCAGAAAGAGAACUCGGGCCAACAGGCCGAGAACGUCCAACGCAUCCAGAUCAGACAGCUAACGGAGUCUCAGGCUGCGGUGAAGUCUCUAGAGGCGGAGCGUCAGUCGUUGCGCCUGCAGCUGGAACGGAUGGAUAGCGAGCUUCAUCUGAGCCACGAGCAGAACAGCCAGCUCACAGGACGUCUGCACAAAGCUGAGAGAGAGGUCAACUCCCUCAGCUGCCAGAUUGAAAGCCUGAAGCAUUCACACAAACUGGAGGUGGCCAGCAUCAAACUGGAGUGUACCCGCUCUAAAGGGGAGUUGGAGAGGGAGAGAGACACACUGCAGGGGCAGAUUGACGGUCUGCAGGCGGACGUGGAGGUGCUGAAGGCUGCGGUGGAGCGACACAAGGAAGUUCUGAUGGAGAAAGAGAGGGAGGUGGUCAGGAAGGUGCAGUCUGCCCGUGAGGAGGAAUUCCGCAAAACUGCCACCUUGCACGAGGAAAAGUUGGAAUUGGAGAACCAUAUAGCUGCACUGGAACAGCAGAGGGCACUGCAGGACGCUACAGACCUUGCUCAGAAGGAGGAAUGGGAAGAGCGUCUUCGUAGCACCCAACAUGGAGAGGAGUCAGCCCGUAGGGAGCUGCAGAACCUGAGAACCAAACUACAGCAGCAAAGCUCCCAGCUCGAGGAGCUGGAGAGACAGAAAGCAGAGGUCGCUGACCUACAGCAGCAGAACCAGGAACUGGGCGUCCAGCUGGGGACACUGUCUCACUCUGAAAGUGAGCUGAUGGAGACAAACCAGCGACUGAAAGAAACACUGGACAGAAUGAGGGAGGAGCUGAGGACGGCCCGAGCCCAGGCUGAGAGGAGCCAACACGAGGCAGAGAGGCUGGUGGAGGACCGGCGGGUGGAGUGGCUGGAGGAGAAACACAAGCUGCAGGAGCGAGAAGCUGAGCUGCAGCAGAAAUACACUCAGGUCAAAGAGAAACUGCAGAGGGCAGCGGUGGCUCAGAAGAAGAGGAAAACGCUGACAGAGAACAAAGAAAAGAGACAAGGGGACAAGAUCCAGCUGCUGGAGGCCAAGAUAGAGGAGCUGGAACUGGAAGCUGCUGCAGCGAAGAAACGGUCGUCUUUCUCAGAGGAGCAAGCUCAACUGAACAGACGGUUGAAGGAGCUGCAGCGACGACACAACGAGUUUCGACGCCUCCUGUUAGGCGGCCAGGGUCCCUACAGUGCCGGCCCCGCCUUCCUGACUUCCUCACCCACGCCCUUCCUCCUCCUGGGGUCUGAGGGACCGCUAUCUAACAUACCGGAGGAGCAGCAUCAGAGGGAGCUGUCUCUGCUGCGUCGGAGGCUGGAGGACCUGGAAAGCGCCCAGCAGCAGCAGCUGGAGGAGCUGGGAUCUCUGGUGCAGAGGGACCGGGACCAGCCUGACCUCUGA